GAGUGGGCCGGGUUUCGAGACCGACGUGGCCGAGGGCGACGCCGAUCGGGUCCCGGAGUCGUCGAACCCCUCCGGAUCAGCGGGGGACACGCACGAGGCGGCCAGUGAAAGUGUCUCUACGUACAUUCGAGACUCGACACUCGACGGUCCGCGUUCGCUGUACACCCGUGUCCUCAGCCCCACCUUGGAUCGGGUCGCGGGACUCGCGUGUCCUCGCCGAUUCGUCCCGGGCAAACCGAGUCGGAGAUCGGAGGCGCACGCACGCGCCCUUCGCCCGCGCUAACCUCACUUUUCGCUCGAAGGUAGAGGGCCGCCAUGAGAAACGCCAUAAACGCCGAAUCGCGCGCUCCCCGAGUCUGAAGAUCCUGUUAGGACCUGCCAAGCCCAGUUGAGACCAGUACUCGGUUCCUCCACCCGGGACUGGCGCGCCACCGAGAGGGGAAAGCGGCGAGUGGAGGACCGGGAGACCCCGGUCUCCGGAGACGGCCGCUCGGCCCCAGGAUAAGGCACCGACAUGACGCGACGCUGGGGAGUCUUACUUCUGGUGUUUGUCGCAGGUGUCCAGAGUGAGCCCUGCACCACUUAUGGUUGUUUCACGGGGUAUCAGGAACCAUUCGUGCCAGCACCACCGGGUCAUACCCCAAGGUGCGCAAAACCGGGACAGACUUUCUGCGAAUCACUGGAGCAUUAUCCUCAACAACUCAUCAGGUUCCUCCUUGAUCGAUGCAGCUUCGAUUUCCGGACGAUUUUAUUGGGAGAAUCGCGAGAAGACUUCAACUCCUAUAGAUCGAAGCCGGACUACUCGGGAGGCUAUCAUUAUCGGAAGGCGGAUGAUCCUCAGGUGAUUUCUUCGUCGAUUCCGUUUUUACCACCGCAGUAUCCUUUGGGACAUCCUGCGGUGAUCUACGGGCCUCCGAAUAAUGGAUCGCGAGAUCAAGGAUCUACGUAUCCGACUACGGCAUUGCGCUCUCAAAGAAAUCCAUUCUUCACUGAACCAUCAUCUACACAAUCGAACUCGCAGUUGCAGCAAUUGCGACAAUCCAGUAAACCCGACCCUGUAUUUUAUCAGCGAUCGCAGCAAUCCUUAGAUCCUUUGAAGCAGGAGCAAGGCUGGUUUUCAAACAGAUAUGUUCGAGGAACUCGUCGGACCAAUCCAUUGUUAGAGUUUGCGAGUUUGGGGAAGCAACGCGAAAAAAGACAGGCUUUCAACCAGCCCAUCCCUCUCUGUCCUGUCAAUCCCCAAUACAUCACACCAAAGGCUGCUUUGAACAAUAAAGGCAACUGGAUGUACGUCGUGAACCUCCAGGAGCAGGACGAGAGGUAUACGCAGACUGUUCGAAGCGAGACGUGCUCCACGACGACGUGCAAUGGACUGUGCUCCCUGCCUGCCGGCUAUACGAGCAAUUGUCAGCAGCAAUAUGUCCAGAAACGACUGGUAGCUCUAGAUGGAAGCGGAAAUCGAUUGUACAAUGACAUCUUCUGGUUUCCUCAUGGCUGCUCGUGUCAGGUCACGAUGAAUUAUUGAUAGGAUCAUUCAAAUUUACGCGGUCAAGAGAGAAGGAGAGAGAGAGAGCAGCGAUGGGCGGAAGUCUAGAGAUCUAUGAUCAGUCUCGAUCAAAGAAUGGUCGAAGCUGAUGGUUGCUUCGACACUCCCGAUUCUUUCUUUUUUUAUUCCUGCAAGGAGACUUAAGAAACAUCCGGAUGGAGAAUCCGGAUGACUUGCCUAGGUAUACAGGUUCAGUCAGCACUGAAUUUAUAACGGUCUGCUGUAUCGAUUGAGGAGAGGUCGAGGCUCAUGACUAUCUUGACAUUAAGUUAUUUGCCUUUUAUUUUAUAUUCCGACGACGUGAUUCCGAGAAGUUUUGUCCUGGUGGGGAGUAAAUUCAUCCAACUGGUUGGCCGAAUUUAUCAAUGGUGAGUCACAAGUAGUUGAGGCAUUUUAUCUAUUUUCUUUCCACGGUUGGUAACGCGAGAUCAAGUGGUAGUCGGCAAUGUACCCUGAAAUUCACCGUAGCACGUCCCACGUGGAAGAAAAGAGUCUGCUCGGUCGGUAUGCAGAUGGCUCUACUGUAAGGACUUUCGCUCUCUCUUUCUCGUUUUCGAGGGUCUUUACAGUCUCCCAACGAAUUUUCACCCUAAAGCUCCUUUAUACGUUUUUCUUUUUUAACCUUGAAAUACCGAAAGCAUGAAAUCAUAUUUAAGGAAAACAUAGGUUAAGUUAUCUAGCUAUGUUUAUACGUCUAGAUUAAGUGUAUCUAAUCAACGCGAUAUAAAUUAUUUUUUCCUUCGUACUUUCGAGAGAAGUUGACGGGAAUGGGGGAGACGGAUCACGAGGAGUUGGCGACAAGAAAAUGCGGGAAACGUACACGUUGACUGUAUGCAUCCCGAGGCGUAAAACAAGAGAUCCCGAUUUUCCUAGGGAGGUAGGUGGGUUCGGAGGGCAGGGGUGCGGGUGAGGAAAUCGUGGAAGGGGGAGGUCAGGCACGCGCAAGGGCGUACGCACUUUGACGCACCGGGACAACGCACCCUGUUCUUUACGCGCCGGUCACCUUACCAGCCCUCGGCGUCCUUUCAACCCUCGCCCUCACCCUCACCGGCCUAGCGGAUCCUCCACCUACGGUGCUGCCAACAUUUUUAU